UUCGCCGUUGUCAAUAGCAACCCACAAUAAAUAGAAUUUUCAUUUUCCAAAGUUGACAGAUUUUUGAUCACAGUUAGUUUUAUUUCAUUCCAUUAGACGUAAUAACCCUAAAUACCCUCUCUGGUGCUUCAAAAUUUUGUAUUCGAAAAGUUGAAAAGAGUGUUUAAACGUUUCAAAAAAGGAAAAAUACGGUAAAGACUGCCAGCAUGUCGGAAUCCAACGCACCAGAAUCAACCGAAUCAAUUUCCAUGCAUGAUUUUCUGGAGUUCCUGAAUGUAACGUGCCAAGUGAACGACUCGUUCAACAGUAGCAAGAAAAAUCCUCCCACCUUCGACUACAACCAACUGGCACGUAAUGAGCUGGUCAACAGUAUACAACAAAACUCCCGUACGACCGGAGGAGGAAAACCGAUCGAACAUUCAUCAACAAUUUCCCCCGCCAAAUCCAUCACCGGAACGACAGGUGGCAAAAAGGACACCAAGCUGGAUGAUACCUCCUCCUCGCUGAGCACACGAUCGCCAGCGGAAAAGAAAUUACCGUCUAAAAAACGCACCAUUUCCCAGAAAUCGCAAAAAAGCAAGCCCGAAACGGUGGAGGUACCGAAAAAUCGCCUGGAAGCUAUUUUGAACGAAAAAUUAGACGAAGUCCUUAACGAAGGCAUACUAGAUUCGGUAUUGCCCUUCAUUUGUCCGUCGAAUGGAUCCGGAUAUCAUCAUAAGAAUGGGACAGGACAGAAAUUAAAUUGCAACAACCCUCUGGGAGUGCAAUCGAUGAAUGCGUCCGCUUCUAUUGGGGUUGGUUGUUCCAGUGGUGGGAAAUCGGCUGCAAGUGGUGCCUCCUCGCCUGACACGCAAAGCGGCAGUAGCAGUAAAAAGUCUACGCUUUCCGCUGUGGGAGAUGUUUCACAAAACUUUCUCAUCGCUAGCAGUUCCACCAAAACAGGCGUACGGAGAAAAUCAUCGAUCGCACAAAUAGCCAUUCCCGACAGCCGUGCAGAACCGGAAGUCGUUAUUCACGUUUGUGACGAGGUGAAAGGAUCGUCCAGGGAUUUUUCCUGUCCACAGAAAUUGCUCAUUACCAAGAUGGGCUACUUUGCGGACGUGACUGCCGGCCAGCGACUUGAGGAUAUGGACAUUUCGGUGCAUUGCGAUCUGCAAAUUUUCGAAUGGCUCAUGAAGUGGGUUAAAAAAGAAUCGAUGGCCACGGAUGAAUGGCCUGCAUUAGAUCCUACGAACGUAAUUCCAAUACUGGUAUCGGCUAGCUUCCUGCAGAUGGAACCGUUGCUGCUCGAUUGCCUUUCGUUCUGUCACGCUCGACUUAACGAAGUCGUGAAGGCUUCCGCAAAUCUGGCCUGCCUGAACGACAGUAUCAUCACGCGGCUAGCGGCCAUGUUUACUAAUCUCGAGUUGGAGGUAGUAAAAGAUAAGAAAGAUCGCAUUGCACCGCGUCUCUGGACCAAACUGAUCCAAAGUCUGUGCGACAUUGAACCACAGGCGCUGCGUGGUCACUACGCGACGCUGGUCGGCAUGUUCCGGUGUUUAAAAUGCGGUAAGUUUCUUACGCAAACGGUCAGCACAUACAUUCACUGUCUGCCGCAGAACUUUCGAUUGAAUCGUUGGGGCCAGCUGAUCAGUGCACAUGUAAAGGAUCCCUCUUGGAACAUUACCAACUAUGUGUCCAGCUUGCAUAAAGAGUUGCGCUCCUGGCGGAAGGUUUAUUGGCGUCUCUGGGGACAUUGCCAUUUCCUGUACUGCUCGAUUUGUGACACCCACUUCCCGGUGAGCCAGAUGAUGUGGUGCCAGUAUCAUCCCGAGCAACCGCAAUUCCUUGGCCCAGCGGCAGAGGGCCGUGUGGCGGGCCCUGCUGGACGUUAUCCAUGUUGUGGAAAGCAAGCUUACCGGUACGAAGCAUUGCCAGGACCUUCGGGUUGCCAGUUUCGUGAACAUACCGUACAGGUGGACACCGAUCGUGAUCGCGCAGUUUUGCAGCUUGCCCUUCACGCCUCUGAAGGUGGCUGCCUUUACGAACAACCACCCUUUAAGCCGCCAAACACGUCCGCCGAUCCCUGGUGGAGCGGAAUUGGCAUACUUCCGCAUCGCUCCCGCCAAGGACUACUGCCCACGUUCCACGUAGACGGCGAUGCAAUGGUCAAUCACCAUCACCACCAUCGUUCCAAUCGCCAGAUGUCCCAGUCGGUAAUGGAUACGGAAAGUGAAUCGGAUUCGGAUGAGUACGACAAAUCCGGCACUAAUCAGAGCCGCAGCACUAGCAGCAGCUCCGACGGUGAGGAAUCGGAGUACAGCAGUCCUCCAUCGUUUCAACAUCAGCAGCAGCAGCAACAGCAAGCACACCAACACCCACAGCAACCAAAGGAUGCCAAGCGAAAGCUGAAACUAUCGUACGGCAGGCACUGGGCGGGAGACAUGUCCGCGCGCAGCAAUCAGGACAACCAGCGAGAAUUUGAGGAACGCGCCAUGAAACAGAUCAUUUCAAUGGUUGGCAAGCGGACAGGCGGUGAGCAAAAUUCACAAUACCAGACUUACCAACAAGGCGGAACAUACAUUAAGCUCGAAACCGAUUGGCGAGAGUCGAUAAAGCAAAAAAACCUUGCUAGUCUUAAGGUAAAAUCGAACGGAACGAAAUGAUUGCUAUUAAUAGAUUUACGUGAUAAAUCCUUA